AUGAAUAAUCCAAUUAAUGUUAGAAACAGUACAGAGGAAAGCAACUUGCAUGAAGACAAUGAAAAUAGUGUAUAUGAGAAAAAGAAAAACUUCUUUGAAGUGUACAAAAAAUAUUAUUUUAUAGAAAUGACAGAAUAUCAUAAGAGCAGAGAAAAUUGCACUAACAAUUUUUUAAACUUUCUCGAAAGAAUAAUUGAAAAAAUGAUAGAAGCAUUAAAACAUGGAACAUAUAAUAUUAACAAUUUAAAUAAAUUUUUUAGGGAAUUCCUAAAAAAUGACACAGUGUAUUAUAAUAGAACCAUGUCCUUAGGAAAUACAAGAAUAAAUAAUUUGACGCAAAGUUUUUUAAAUAUUCCAGAUGAUGAAUUCAUCAAUAAUCAAAUGGAAAAAGUAGGAGAAAACCAAACUGUGUCUAUUUCAUCCGAAGACAAAAUAACCAAAUUGUCUAAUCGCAAUGUUGGUCAUGAUCAUAUGAACAUGGAUGAGAAAAAGGAAAAAGGAAAUGCAGUUUCAUGGAAUGGCACAGGGAAGAAGCAGAAAGAGGGUAAAAAUAUGAAAAAAAAAAAGAAAGGAAAAGCAAAAGCAAAAGCAAAAGAAGAAGAAGAUGAUGACGAUGAUGAUAAUGAUGAUGAAAAUGGAGAGAAGGAAGAGGAAGAAAUCGUCAAACAAAAAGAACAAAUCGCUUGUAGCUCCACUCAAGGUUAUUCCCAGAAAUGUGAUCCGAAUAAACCUUUUUUAAAUAAAAACAGUUGGAGUAGCACAUCAAACAGAAUUCAGGAAAUUGCAGACCGUGUUAUCGACGUGAGCUCAUAUAUGUGCAACCUGAACCACAACGUCAUAGAUGAAUGGAUUCAGUACGGGUUCAUGAACUACACGAAGAUUAUGAAAAGCAUGAAGAUAAGUUGUGAUGUAAUAGAUAACAAAAUAAAUCAAAAAAUGUUAAUUAUGCUGAGAGAUAGUUAUAUGAAAGAACAAGAAAAUUUAAUAGAAAUAAUGAAAAAGAAAAAAAAUGAUUUCCUUAAACAGUUAGAUGUAUGUAAAAUUUAUUGGAAAUAUUUUGAAAAUAGCUAUUCAAAUUCAGAAAAAAUAAGAUCAGAUGGAAUAAAGGAUAGCAAAAAAAUAAAAUGUUCAUGGUUAUGUCAAAGAAAAUAUUUAAAAAAUGUAAAAGAUUUAUUAAAAAUACAAAAUGAAUAUUUAGACAUUAUAUACACAAGUGUAAAAACAUUUUUUCAAUUAAUUGAAUGGAAAAAAAAUACAGUUCGUGACAUUUUAUGUUCAUAUAUACUUUUAUAUAAACGUUUUCUAAAUUUCUAUUUAAAUAAUAUGAAUAUUUUAUAUGAUUCUAUUUUAUUAGAAAAAAGCAUAGAUACAGCACAGUUUCAGAAUCUAUCCUCUGUGAGCAUGAUAGAUGAUGAAGAUUUAAUCAAAAAAAUUUCCCCUUUUCAAUUUAAUGAUAAUUGUGAUACCAUACCACAAUUAAACAAUGCAUUAAGUUUAAUUAAUUCUUCUAUCAUAUUUUAUAACAGCGAAAUUAAUGUCAAAUCAAUACUUUGUUUAUUCUGUUCAAAUAUCAAAGGUCAUCUAACGAGUGUUGGUUUUUUUAACAAAUGUAUUGAGGGUGUAAUAGUCAUCACCUGGGAUAGAUAUAUUCAUUUUUUCGCAGAUCCUGAGGAUGCUUCUCCUCAAUGGUCUUACUAUAUGGAUGACAUCGAAUUUAAGCUUGUCAAAUGUAAAAGUGAUUCAAAAAAGAAUUCAGUAGAUCAUCACAAGAGACACAUCGAUUGUGCAGCUGACCCAACAGAUGCAGCUGAUGCUACUAGUGGGGACGUAGAUCCAAACCACAACAGGGGAAUGUACAGAUCGAAUAAUAAACAAGAAAGUAAUAACUCUAAAGAAAAAAAUACAACAGGUAAGACCACAUCACUAUCCAACUCCUUAUCCUCUGCGAACACGUCACCAACAGUUGCCUCAUUCAACAAGAAUGGCCAUCCUCAUUCAAGUUCCAAAGUUGUGAAGGAGGAUCAUUUUGAGAAUUCUUCCACUGUUCAAUCUAAUAAUAAUGAAGAAGAUGAUGUGGAAAUUCAAAUGAAAGAUAAAAAAAAAACGCUCCUCAUUAGUGGGUGGUCUUUCACAUUCAAAUGUCCAACUGUAUAUUUAACAAAUGUCUUUUACGAAUUAUUAGAUAACCAUUUGUGCUCAAAAUAUUUUGAAGAUGAAAAUGUCUUUUCAAAGUUCACAAAUAUUAUUUCUAGUGGCCAUGUUAAAAAUGAUUUACUAUUUUCUCAUGAAAUGGCUUCUUUUUACAAUACAUAUUUGGAAGAAAUUCCUCAAGACAUGAGAGAUAAAUCCGUUCUUAAAAGCAAAAUAGUCAAAAUGCAAAAUCAAAAUUUCACAAGGGAGCGCCUAUCUGUAUCUGAUCAAGGCGAAAAGGAGAAUAUACGACAAAGUUAUUUUGCAAAAAUGGACAACAAUGAAGAUAAUGGAAAUGGUGAAAAUGAUGAAAAUGGUGAAAAUAGCGAAAAUGGUGAAAAUAAUGAAAAUGGUGAAAAUAGCGAAAAUGGUGAAAAUGAUGAAAAUGGUGAAAAUAACGAAAAUGGUGAAAAUGAUGAAAAUGGUGAAAAUAGCGAAAAUGGUGAAAAUGAUGAAAAUGGUGAAAAUAGCGAAAAUGGUGAAAAUGAUGAAAAUGGUGAAAAUAGCGAAAAUGGUGAAAAUGAUGAAAAUGGUGAAAAUAGCGAAAAUGGUAAAAAUAGCGAAAAUAGCGAAAAUGGUGAAAAUAGCGAAAAUGGUGAAAAUGAUGAAAAUGGUGAAAAUAACGAAAAUAGCGAAAAAAAUAAAAAAAAAUCACAACAAAAAAAUCUCGUUAAGGCCUUUCAAAAGAAGAAAAAUGAGCUAACGAACAAUACUAAAGAAGACAAAAAGGAAAGUAUAACUACAAAUGAUUACCCAAGGGGAGAGAAACGACACGACAAACCACAUCCAUUAGGGGCGAAACAUAAAAGUGACGUGGAAUCUAACAAACAUAAGAACAAAAAUAUGAACAUUAAGAAAAAAAAGCCACAACAAGACACAUAG